AUGUCCACCGCCGACGACGGUGGCCGCAGAUCUCCUGGAGUUUCCACAUCACCUGUGGGGAUUCGACGUACAACAAGCCAGUGGACAGAUGCUCCAUCCCAAAGCUAUUUCCCUCCAACUUCGCCCAGUCGCCGUCCAGGAAACAGUCGGUUCCCGUCAAAUGCAACGGGCGGCAACACGGCUUCAAAUAUCACAGUAAAGGGAAGGAAAAGGAGAGAAGUUCGUAGCGCCAGUCUGACAAGCUCACACCAUGGCGGCUACGCAGCACCUCCCGGCAGCAGGCCACGAACGACGGGUGCGUUUUCAGAGGAAGACGAGACGGAGACUAUCGAUGCCGUCGAUUCUGCUGAUGACAACGACGAACGUGCCGACGCAUUCAGCGGCGACGAGCAUGACGAAGAGACCCAGACGCCAAAGUUGGGAGAGCAAGAAGAAGUCACCCUCAAGGAACGCCAGUCUCUCAUCAACGAUGAGCAUCCCUUUGGUCUCCCAAUCUGGAAACCAGCACUCUACCGCAAGUCGAGAACCGUCACGCGUGAAGCAGAGACGGCCUUGCAUGGCGUUCCAUCUGCAUCUCGCGACCUCCUUAUCCCCGGGAAUAUCCUCUGGACACUUCUCUUUGGCUGGUGGAUUUCUCUCAGCUUUAUCAUCACCUCGUUGAUCAUGUACAUCAUUCCAUUUGGAGCCAGAACAUACGCCCCCGUCGUCUAUGGUCUAGGGUGGUACUUAUUCUGGCCAUUUGGUCGCUACGUCGAAGGCGAUCUUCCUCCUAGCGAGCCGCCCACAGAGGAAGAGGAGAGCAAUGGAGAUGGCGAAGACGAGGACGAGCGACCUACUCGAUCUAGGACUGUAAGUGGUCACUCCAAUACUGGGACUGUUCGCCCUGGUGAUGUCGGAGGACAAUCCACCGUGCGCGCAAUGCCGACGACCAACCAGCCUGGACAGCACGCCCAAGAUGGUUCGUGGAAUCCAGGUGAACUGUCUUCGCUCCUCGCUCCACAAUCGGGACAGAAAUCGUAUGGCGCCACCCCAUCUCAAACCACGCAAUACAAUACACUUCCUUCCCACAACUAUGGCGUGUCCUCGUCCGAGUCGGAAUGGACACUCUUUGGCAAGUGUGUCUACUAUUUCUUCCUCGUCUUCAAGAUUGCUCCGACCCUGCUCCUCGUCUGCACAAUAUGCUGGGCGUGUGUCUUCACGAUCCCAAUGGCAAAGCUGCAGUGGGAGCUCCUCAAGUAUCUUUUCACCCGUCCGGAGAGCAUUAGGUUCUGUUCUGCACCCAAAAUCCCCGUCGUCACACCUUCGACGAAUGCUCCCGACACCAUCGCAGAGGAAACCGAGGGCCAGGUGAAUGGAGCAGCAGAUUCAACACCAGUGAACCGCCCGUACCUCCUCAGACGUGCGACACUUCGAGCAGGACAGAUUGCUCCAUCUGGUUCUCCCAAUUCUUCGGUGUUGCUUUGCAUCUACCGGGCCAUGGGUUUCAGGUAUUACAAGUACACCGUCGGAGGAGUCAACAUCAUGUUCAUCAAUCUCAUGCCCGUCGUCUUCUUUGUCAUCCUGGACGGCCUCGUCUUACUCCCAUGGGUGGAGAAGAAGCACCAUCAUGGGGAGCACGUCGAUCCAUUCUUGAGAUUUAUUGGAAGCCAAGGCAUGGUAUUUGUCCUCAGCUUGGCAAGCGUGAUCCCGUUGAGUUACUUUAUCGGCAUGGCCGUGGCGAGUAUCUCGGCUCAGAGUUCGAUUGGGAUGGGUGCCGUUAUCAACGCGACAUUUGGUUCCAUCAUUGAGAUUAUCCUCUAUGCCAUUGCCUUGACACAAGGUAAAGGACGGCUUGUCGAGGGGUCCAUUGUGGGCAGUAUUCUCGCUGGAGUCUUACUCAUGCCGGGGGCUAGUAUGUGCUCGAUGGCAUUGCGAAGAAAGGAGCAAGAUUUUAAUGCAAAGAGUGCGAGCGUGACGAGUACGAUGCUCAUCAUGGCCAUUUUUGGUACCCUUACGCCCACUCUGUUCUAUUCGAUCUAUGGCAACUUCCAACUCGUUUGUGAAGGAUGCCCUGAUGGUACCGUUGGCCACCCGACCAUUCCGACCAACAGUUCGACAUUGGACGUCUUGAGUGGUGGCAUCGCGGUUGAUCCCCCAUGGAUAUGCAAGCAUUGCUACUAUGCACACCCGAAUCCCGUCACCGAUCCCUUUUACCAAGAGACGGUGAAGCCCCUGAUGUACUUCUGCGCAAUCAUCCUCGUUCUGUCAUAUCUCAUCGGUCUCUGGUUCUCUCUUCGCACGCAUGCAUCGCAAAUCUGGCAGAAUCCACGCCAAUUGAUGGAGCCUCAUCCACUUGACUUGAACGCCCCAGGAGGUACUGGCCGCAUGUCACUCUACCACCGCCUACUACACAUGCCAUCUGGUCUACCUUCAUAUCGUCACUCCGAAUCGCAAAACCGAAGGUCAGGCUCACAAGCUCGGCCUGAGUCUGUCCCUCGUCGACCCAUGUCCCUGCGUAGAAAAGCGAGUGCAGCAACGACAGCAACGACGACUGGAGACAGCAUCUAUGGGGGUAGUCUCAUUAGUCGAGGGGAUAGCACCGUGCGCCUCCACGAUCCACAACAGCCUCCUUCCCACAUCACCCUCCCACCGUCUCCGACCGCCAAUCGCCGGAUCGGUCCUGCGCUCCCUACGGGAGCAGGAUACACACCCAUCAUUGAAACUGUCUCUCAAGCAACAAAGGCCGCUGUCGAUCCCAUGGUCCUCCCUCCGCCGACACUAACCGUUUCUGGCACGUCUGGCGAGCCUACGCGGUUGAAUCUCACGACGGAUGAGUUUACGAGGGCCGUGGCGGUCGCAACGGUGAGUGCGUUGCGUGCGGAUGCGGUUGUUGGUGCGCGGAUGAGGGCCGCUGGUGGGGGUGAGUACCCUCAUGGACACUCGCAGGUCUCUGGAGGGGGUCAUGGAGGUGGCCAUGGAGGACAUGAUGCGCCUUCGUGGAGUCGUGCUGUCAGUGCGAGUGUACUUCUCGCUUGCACGUUGCUCUAUGCAAUUAUUGCGGAGAUUCUCGUCGAUGUCGUCGAUGUCGUUUUGCAAGGUUCGGGUAUCGACGAGAAGCUGCUCGGUAUCACCCUCUUUGCGCUCGUGCCGAAUACGACAGAGUUUAUGAACGCAAUGUCAUUUGCGAUCAAUGGCAACAUUUCACUCAGUAUGGAGAUUGGGUCUGCGUAUGCGCUGCAAGUCUGUCUCUUGCAGAUUCCGGCUAUGGUUGCCUUUUCUGCCUGGUAUGAUCCUCGACAUAUGGGAACCGGUGCCGAUACGUUCACACUCAUUUUCCCCCGUUGGGACGUGAUUGCCAUCAUCCUCUCCAUCUUCCUACUCACCUAUACCUACAUCGAGGCGAAGAGUAACUAUCAUCGCGGUAGCAUCUUGAUUCUCAGUUACUUGGUCAUGACGUCUGGCUUUUACUUUGCACCACACGACAAGGAAGAAGACGAGAGCAUCGUCAACAUGACACAAAUUGCGCAAGCGUUCCCGAUCCAACCACUGAUGCACGUUGUCAAAACCUACUUCUUUUCCUUGUUCUCUCGAUAG